GAGGUCGCUCUGUUAAUUCAAGCAAAUCAAAGCCCCGGGGUUCCUGAAAUCAUCCAGCUUCUGGACUGGCAGAAGAAGCCUGGCCACUACAUGAUGGUCCUAGAGCGGCCCAUGCCCUCUCAGUGUCUGUAUGAAUUUAUAAAGAACUACAAGGGCAGCAUUGGAGAGGAUUUGGCACGGUUUAUCAUGCGCCAGGCAACAUCUGCAGCUCAGACGUGCUGCCAACGUGGAGUGUUGCACUGCGACAUUAAGGCAGAAAACAUUCUGAUUAACUCGAGCACCCUCGAAGACAAACUGAAUGACUUUGGGUGUGGUGACUUCCUUACUGAUGCGGGUUACACAUCCUUUGCUGGCACAAAACGGUACUGUCCUCCCGAGUAUCUGAUGAGCAGCAGGUACCACGGGGAAUCAGUGACCGUGUGGUCACUCGGGAUCCUCCUGUUCGUGAUACUUUUCCAGAAAACUCCAAACAGACGAGACCUGUGCAAGAUGGAAGAUUACAUCCGGGCCAAAGAUGGCUUGUCACAAGAAUGCUGCAAUUUUCUUUGCUGUUGUGUGCAGAUCGACCCAAAGCAGCGGAUUGAACUGGAGAAACUCAGUCUCCACAACUGGUUUAUGGAGGGUUAUCCCAAACCUGUUCCACUGGAGGCCGCUCUGUUAAUUCGAGUAAAUCAAGGCCCCAGGGGUUCCUGA